AUGGCAAUCUCUACAGAACCAUCAAAGAGCCUCGAUAUCCUCAUCUCACCUCGUAUCCCUACAGAACUGAUCUUGAAAACCAUCCAACACCUUCCGUUCGAGGACGGGAAACUCAUACAGAGUAUCCGCAAUGCGCACCCGCGUCUAGAGGCCAUUUUCCGCAACUAUGAGCACUCUAUCACAGCCUGGUUCAUGAAGAAAGAGCUUCGCCACGCGCAAACAGACUUUGUCCACGACGGUGGAAACAUCAGUCUGGACUGGUUGGCGGAUUGUGUUAAGAACUACGACGUGGUCGACGAGGUCAUGGACAUACUGUGCUCAGAGCACAACUACAUGGCUGUAUUGCCGCAGAACGCCGCCGUCGCAAACGCGGGACUGCUGUUACUAUACCGUUUAGUCUCGAUCAAAGCACACACCGCAAGAAUCACGUAUAUCAAAUCACUGGAGCGAGACCCACUGAUUGCGAUGUACCUUGUGUUGCAUCAUGCGACGCUAUCAGCCCGAUACCACGGCUACGGUUGGAUCAACCAAAGCACAUACGGUCGCUUCAUGGACGCAAACCAAGUCGAGCUACGCAGCGAGCUGGAAUUUUGUUUCGCAGAAGCCGCGCUGAACCUGGGACCCGAGUUUAUCUCCGAUAGCCUACUAUCCAGCGAAGAGCCGCAUAGACAAGCGACGCUACUCAACUUUUAUCAUAACCACGGCAUCCAUGAUUGGGACUGGCCUUGUUGGGGCUCGGGUAAAGGAGAGUUUGAACCACCGAGGACACAAGGUCCGAAGCUAGAGAAGGGACCAGGGCGGAGUUUGUACACGACGCUCUUGGAGAGGUUGGCGGAACUGGUGGGUUGUGCAUUGGGGGAGGUCAGGAGGAGGAUAGAGCAGGAUCUUGAGCGGUCGGAUCAUUCACUGGCGUAUCUGAGUUUGGGGAGUAAGGCAAGGUUACUGCAGGGACGGGAUUUGGAGUACUUGGACGAUUAA